GACCUAAGGCCUCGAAAGCUUUUAGGAUUAAUAAACAGAGCAAAGCGGUUUUUUACAAUUUUGUGUAGAAUAUUGGAACAAAUGGGAGAACACCAUUUUUCCUUCUUCUGAAGCAUCGGUAGUGGCUGACUGGUACCAUUUUUCCUUCUUCUGAAGCAUCGGUAGUGGCUGACUGGUCUAUUCAGUAAAGAAGGCGAGUCACAGCUAUUUUUUCCUUCAGGUAUUCAGGCCAGUUUUUCAAGGAAAUCCUCUUUCGGGUUGUUGACACAUAGGAGAUCAGUUGGGAUAUAUAUUAGAAGAGAACUUUCAAUAAUAUGGAUACUGGAGGCAAUUCCCUACCAUCUGGACCAGAUGGGGUGAAGAGAAAAGUGUGUUAUUUCUACGACCCAGAGGUUGGGAAUUACUAUUAUGGGCAGGGUCAUCCUAUGAAGCCCCAUCGUAUCCGAAUGACGCAUGCUCUUCUUGCCCACUAUGGAUUGCUUCAGCACAUGCAGGUCCUCAAGCCCUUUCCUGCAAGAGAUCGGGACCUCUGCCGCUUCCAUGCCGAUGAUUAUGUAGCAUUCCUCAGGAGUAUUACACCUGAAACGCAGCAGGAUCAGCUGAGGCAACUCAAGCGCUUCAAUGUUGGCGAAGAUUGCCCUGUUUUUGAUGGUCUCUACUCCUUCUGUCAAACGUAUGCUGGUGGUUCGGUUGGUGGUGCAGUCAAGUUAAAUCAUGGUCUCUGCGAUACUGCCGUAAACUGGGCCGGUGGGCUGCAUCAUGCUAAGAAGUGCGAAGCUUCUGGGUUUUGCUAUGUGAAUGAUAUUGUCCUGGCAAUUUUGGAGCUUCUUAAAAAGCACGAGCGUGUUUUAUAUGUGGACAUCGAUAUCCAUCAUGGAGAUGGUGUUGAGGAGGCAUUUUACACAACUGACAGAGUCAUGACUGUUUCAUUUCAUAAAUUUGGAGAUUAUUUUCCUGGCACCGGGGACAUACGUGAUAUCGGAUAUAGCAAAGGGAAAUACUACUCUCUUAAUGUUCCACUGGAUGAUGGCAUUGAUGACGAGAGCUAUCAUUUCUUGUUCAAGCCUAUAAUUGGGAAGGUGAUGGAAGUUUUUAGGCCUGGCGCCGUGGUUCUCCAGUGCGGUGCUGACUCUUUAUCUGGGGACAGAUUAGGAUGCUUCAAUCUUUCUAUCAAAGGCCAUGCAGAGUGUGUCAGAUUUAUGAGGUCAUUCAAUGUCCCGCUAUUGCUUCUGGGUGGUGGUGGUUAUACGAUCCGGAAUGUUGCUCGGUGCUGGUGCUAUGAGACAGGGGUUGCGCUUGGGGUGGAAGUUGACGACAAGAUGCCACAGCAUGAGUAUUAUGAGUAUUUCGGACCAGAUUACACCCUUCAUGUUGCCCCAAGUAACAUGGAAAAUAAGAAUUCACACCAAUUAUUGGAUGAAAUACGGUCUGAGCUUCUUGAUAAUCUCUCAAAGCUUCAGCAUGCACCCAGUGUCCAAUUUCAAGAAAGACCUCCUGAUACUGAAAUUCCAGAGGCAGAUGAAGAUCAAGAGGACAGAGAUGAGAGAUGGGAUGCAGAUUCUGAUGUGGAGGUUGAUGAUGGGCGAAAGCCUUUGUCCGGCAGAUUGAAGAGGGAUAUAGUUGAACCCGAGCUCAAAGAUUUGGAGGAUCAAAAAGGAAAUGCAGAGCACACCAAAGGAUUCGAUACGGGAGCAGAAGAGACUACAUGCACUAAGGCGGUAGAUAUGGAUUCUAUGCUUGUUGAUGAACCUAAUGUGAAAGUUGAACAAGAUAAUCUGAAUAAGCAAGCGAAUGAAAAGCACCCUUAGUUUUAUUCACCAAAACCGCACUGGCUCCACUUGUUUGCAGCGCAUACCUUCAAUUGCAUUUCGUGUGGGCCAUGCAGACCUCAACUGUGGACUAGUGCAAACAUGGACACUAGCACGAAAAUCUUAAUUCUUUUUUCUGUCAAAUGCUGAAACUACAUGUUGGCACUUCAAAAAAAAAGACUAAUCCGACAAGUUCGUAGCAUAGCCAUCAACUGAAGAAAUAACCUGUAUUUUAUGGAUCUACUGACCACAAUCUGGGCACUUCAUAUUUACACGAGCUAAGCUGAUUAAAAAGCCCUGUGCAUUGAAAUAUCAGAGGCCAGUAUCAGGGUGACCUGCACUUUGGAAUUUUGGUCAUUCUUGGCCCAAAUCAAAACCAUCCCAAUAUCCUUGAAAGAGUACAUCUUGCUAUUAUUUUCCUUUCAUGGAUUUUGCAAGUAUCCA